GGGAUCCCGCUGCUUCCCCGCGGGGAGGAAGGAGUUGCUCGGGUUUGUUUGGACGCGGGCUGACGGCCGGGGGUUUUGCGGAGCGUGCGUUGAGGUUUUUUAAGUGUAACUGGACAAGCUGAGCCUUUAGUGUUGCCCCAGAGUCUUCACGGCACGGCGGCAGGCGUGAAUGACAGAGGAGGUGCCCCCGACUGCACUGACGGACGUGAACCUGCGCCUGCUGUGCCACGAUGACAUAGACACAGUGAAACAGCUCUGUGGAGACUGGUUCCCAAUAGAGUACCCUGACUCAUGGUACCGAGAUAUCACUUCCAACAAGAAGUUCUUUUCCCUCGCAGCCACGUACAGAGGCUCCAUCGUGGGCAUGAUAGUGGCAGAGAUCAAGAGCAGAACGAAGGUGCACAAGGAGGAUGGAGACAUCCUAGCUUCCAAUUUUCCUGUGGACACUCAAGUUGCUUACAUCCUAAGUCUUGGAGUGGUGAAGGAGUUCAGAAAACAUGGAAUAGGUUCACUCUUGCUGGAGAGUUUGAAGGACCACAUCUCCACCACUGCCCAGGACCACUGCAAAGCCAUCUACCUGCACGUCCUCACCACCAACAACACAGCAAUAAACUUCUAUGAAAACAGAGACUUUAAACAGCACCACUAUCUCCCCUAUUACUAUUCCAUCAGAGGGGUCCUCAAAGAUGGCUUCACCUACGUCCUCUACAUCAACGGUGGGCACCCACCCUGGACAAUCUUUGACUACCUACAGCACAUUGGAUCCACACUAGCCAGCCUGAGCCCGUGCUCCAUUCCCCAGAGGAUAUACCGGCAAGCCCAGAGCCUCCUGUGCAGCCUCCUGCCCUGGUCUGGCAUCUCUGCCAAGAGCGGCAUCGAGUACAGCCGGACGAUGUGACCGCAGCGUGUGCGGGAAGCCCAGGAUCAUUCCUCCUUCCACGUGACCCACCCGGCUCUGCACUGGUUCCAGUGAUGACAGCUCUUGGCCAGUGACCCAGCCCCUGGGCGGGACUCCCUGUUCACAGGGACUGACAUUUGGCAGACUUCACCCCGGGGCUCAGCCCCGACCCCCCGUGGGCUGGGGCGGGCCUGGGUGUCCGUCACCACUCCGUGUGCAUGUUGCACUGUCCCCAUCACCUCCCUCGCCUCCGGUUUGCUCCUUCCAUACAGGUGGGUUCAGCUGCUGCUCCCACUGCUCCCAGAGCAGCUGAGGGAGGGUCAGGAAUGUGCACUGAGGAACCACUGAACGGCUGGCAGGGGACAGUUGGAGAGUUGUGCUGGGGAAAGGGGAGCCGGGUGAGGGGAAAGGGGGAGUGAGAAUCAUGGUUUGGUCCUCCCACAUCAGCUGCUCGUGCUUCCUGUGGGUAACUUGCAGGAAGAGUAACUGCCUCGCAUGAGAAACUACCCAGCCCCACCAGCCCUCUGGAGUGAUGUACAAAGAAGCGUAGAAUUCAGGAUGCAUCGAGUAGAAGGCAGGGAAUGAAAUUGCUAUUUCAUAGUGAAAUAUAUAUGUAUUAUAGUGUAUAGA